AUGCCUCGCGAUCCGAUCACCUGUCAUGUCCUGAACACGUUGACGGGCACCCCCGCGGCCAAUCUCCCUGUGACGUUGACUCUACUCUCGAGCCCGUCCGGCCAGAGCCCCAUCAGUUUCCGGGCCACCACUGAUGCAGAUGGGCGGGUAAAGAACUGGACACCCGAAGCGACUACAUCAACAACUGUUCCCACUUUCCUCUCAUCCCUGCCGGCAGCGGACAGCAAAACGCACUGGGCUGUUCAGUUUGAGGUGGGGCCAUGGUAUGAGGUUCAAGGUGUGGAGAGUUUCUGGCCAGAGGUGGAAGUGAAAUUCACCGUCAAAGGUCGAGGCCGUGAGGGAGAGGAAGGGUGGCGGCACUAUCAUGUGCCGGUGCUGCUGGGGCCUUGGAAUUAUUCUACCUAUCGGGGCUCGUAG